GCUCUGGAAGACAAUUCAAGAAAUAAAAAAUUACUACAUUAUUCAAAGUUUAUUUUCAUAAAUUACAUUCUACGGACUCUUUUGGUUGGAUCAGGUGUGAAAAAAGGCUUCUUUCUUUAGUUUCCACUAUGAGUGACUUGUCGUGUGAUAAGUGUGGGGUGACAUUCAUUUCGACCCGUAAUUUGAGAGAUCACGAGCGAAGCCGUGUUUCGAGAGGAGGAAUAUGCCCCACUCCUCGCAGGGGAGCUAAUGAAAACGGGAGAUACUCUUGCGCGAUCGAGGCAUGUGGACAGGACUUUGACACUGCUGACAAGAGGAACAAGCAUGAGAGAAAAUAUCAUCGUGCAACAAAUGACAACGAAGUAGCAACUAGCAUGCAUACUUUUAACUGUCACAUUUGCGGUGCCUAUUUGGGGAAUGAGGAGUCAUUGAGAAGACACAUGAAUUCCCAUCGAAACCCAGACUUUUAUGGAAAAUCCAAAAGAACUUAUGGUCAGAACAGUGAUGGCGGAUUAAAUCUUCUCUGCCGAUUUUGUCCGCUGACAUUUAAUCAUCUAGUGGAUUUGACAGACCAUGAAUAUAUAUUUCACCGGCCAGUGGAGAUGAUGCGCCAAUUGACAGAUCGCUUCCUGAAACACAAGAAUCCUCUUUUACCAGCCCAUGGCUUUACUCCUCGUGCCCUUCCUCCCAGUAACCUGGCUAAAGCUGCAGAAGAGGAGAACUGGAUGUUCAAAUGGGUCACGGGUUACAUGAACUUUAAGAUCGAAUUACUCGAUCGAAAUCCAUACUCGGUCUACCUAGUUGGGGUUCUAGGUCUCAAGUAUAAAGUGGGACAGGAUAUCAGAUCCUUUAUUAAAAAGAACCCUAACCAAUUGUCGCUGUAUAUUGGACGAACAGUUUGCCAGUCCCUGGUUAACUACCACCACUUCGAAAUUCUGACUCCCCUGUCUGAAGCAGCCUGUCGAGGACAAACUAUUAUUCUCCUAAAUAGCACUAAUUUUCACGGAGACUGGCGGCGGAAGACGGAAAAGAUAAGGAGACUCGAAGCCAGAAUGAUUGAGGUGGCACUGACUGACAAGGAAUUUGAGCCAGUUCCUGGUCUGCCACAAUAUAACAUCCUGAACUCUCGCAGAGAGACGUCCAACCUGGCCAAUUUGGAUGACGAAACUAUUGCCGAGAUCAUCGAAAAAGGAGUAACAGGCGUAAAAUGGAUCUGUCUUGAAGAGACCUGUGAUGAUUGUGACGCGAUUCGUCACCCAAGGUGGGAUGAAGACCUGGUGAUUGACAUGUCGAAGGCCAUGCAUCUUAAAGAGAAGAUGGAACAAGUUGAACUCCCAGGACGUGGCCACUCUUCUCGAGAGAAACUCACCCGACCAAUAAGUCAAGCAGCUGUUCAUGAAGAAGUGGAGGUUCGAGUACAGGAGUUCAAACAACGAAUUAGAUCCUCGACCUACUACACAUACACAGUUAUUGUAACCGACAAUGACCAAUUUGAUCCAAGUCAAACUGCUGAGGAGAUCUGUCGCCAGAUUCUGGAGCGGAAAGAGGAAGAAGACCUCCAAAUCCCAGUUUAUUUUGGGGUCAAGAGCACCGAUGAAGCAAGCGCCCACCAUGAAGAAGGACUUACCAGCCUAGGGAAGUUACUCAAACAAGGUGGGAAAACUGCCAUCCAGAUUUCGACAUCAUCCUUUGCCACCAGGGACCUGGCUAGAAGAGAUGAAGCUCUGCGAAUUCUGCAUGCCUCACUCUCUAUGAGAUUCGCAACCCCAGGUGUUGAGACUGGGACACCAGGGAUUAAGUUCGAUAUUUUAAAUCAACGGAUGGAGUGGGUAUCCCUGUCGCUUUGCUCGGAACAGGAAAUCCGUUUCUGCAUCCAUCUCGCCUGGCUCGGGGUUCCGCCCGUUUAUUUGGGGGUGGUGGGGAUGGGGGAGGGGAUGAAUAUGCAAUGGAAUGGAAUAGAGCUGGACGAUGUCGAGAUGGACGAAGCGAUGUUGGAGGAGGCGUUGCAGGAGGCGAUGGAGGGGAUGAUGGGAACCGAAGUUUCAGAAUUUCCAUUGCUCCCCGUCAUGAAAUUCCAACACCAAGGAUACCCUGUUGAUGUCAAAGCCCAGGUCCUGGCAGAGAAAGUCAUAAAGGUGUUUGUAUAAAUAGUAAUUUUGUUAAUGAAUUUGUUGAACACAAAACCUGCAUAUAGUAUAAUUUGUAAAAAAAAAUUAAGCUCGUUCACGGAUUUAUAA